GCCAUCUAUUGGAGAACUGAGGAAUUGAAUUAUCACAAGGGAAAUAACUUCUACAGCACUUCAACCUCCAUUCAAUUAAUUAUCAAUUAAGGUGCUUAAUUACCGAAUACUGAGUCGCUGUUUAUAGCUGAAUACGAAUAUCACCUUAUGUUGACCCACAAGAACCUUCUUCAUUCAGAUGUGCCUUUCAUAUUUUGACGUUGUUUCAUCAACUAAAGCAAGAUGACAUAAUUUAUCAGCAGCAUUCAUCCAUACAUCAAAAUUUAUAUGAAUGCAAUCUAAGAAUACAAUAUUUUUCUUGUCUUCACUGUUUGGAAUGUAGACGAAGUGAUUGCCUUACAGGUUAAUUAAGGUUGGAUACCUUUACAAACGAGUUGACAAUUUCCACCUGCUGAUUUAGAUAUUAAUUAAGAUCACAGAAGAAAGAAACACAGCUUCAAAUUCUUUUCUGGAAAUAGUUGCAGAACUGAAGUCAAAAUGUUUCUAGAGAUGAAGGAAACAUUAUUAUUGUGAUAUGUAUAAUAAAUUAUUCUGUCAUAAUGAAUAAUUCAAUUAAACCAAAAGACCCAGAUACAAGAGUGAAGCAAUGUUUCUGUGAUAUCUGUGGUAAAUCAUUCGCUUAUAAUAGUCAGUUGACUAGUCACAGACGUAUCCAUACCGGAGAAAAGCCAUAUCAUUGUGAUAUCUGUGGUAAAUCAUUCUCUCAAAGACGUACCUUGACUGAACACAAACGUACACAUACAGGUGAAAAGCCAUAUCAUUGUGAUAUCUGUGGUAAAUCAUUCUCUCAAAGAGGUACCUUGACUGAACACAAACGUACACAUACAGGAGAAAGGCCUUAUCAUUGUGAUAUCUGUGGUAAAUCAUUCUCUAAACGUAAUGACUUGACUCGGCACAAACUUACACAUACAGGAGAAAAGCCAUAUCAUUGUGAUAUCUGUAGUCAAUCAUUCUGUCAAAUGAGUCACUUGACUAAACACAAACGCACACAUACGGGAGAAAAGCCAUAUCAUUGUGAUAUCUGUGGUAAAUCAUUCACUCACAGAAGUGCUGUAACUGUACAUAAACGUACUCAUACAGGUGAGAAACCAUAUCAAUGUGAUAUCUGUGAUAAAUCAUUCUCUCGAAGUGCUCACUUGACUGGACACAGACGUACACAUACAGGAGAGAAGCCAUAUCAUUGCGAAAUCUGUGGUAAAUCAUUCUCUUGUAAUACUCAAUUGAUUUACCACAAACGUACACAUACUGGGGAAAACCCAUAUCAUUGUGAUAUCUGUGGUAAAUCCUUCUCUCUUAGGAGUUGCUUGACUCAACAUAUGCGUACACAUACGGGAGAGAAGCCAUAUCAUUGCGAUAUCUGUGGCAUGUCAUUUUCUGACAACAAUUACUUGACUAGGCACAGACGUAUUCACACAGGGGAAAAACCAUAUCAUUGUGAUAUCUGUGGUAAAUCAUUCUCUCAAAGUAGGGAUUUCACCAAACACAAACGUACACAUACAGGAGAGAGGCCAUAUCAUUGUGACAUCUGUGGUAAAUCUUUCUCUCAAAGGAGUCACUUGACGAUACAUAUACGUACACAUACGGGAGAGAAGCCAUAUCAUUGCGAUAUCUGUGGUAAAUCUUUUUCUCAAAGGAGUCACUUGACGAUACAUAUACGUACACAUACGGGAGAGAAGCCAUAUCAUUGCGAUAUCUGUGGCAUGUCAUUUUCUGACAACAAUUACUUGACUAGGCACAGACGUAUUCACACAGGGGAAAAACCAUAUCAUUGUGAUAUCUGUGGUAAAUCAUUCUCUCAAAGUAGGGAUUUCACCAAACACAAACGUACACAUACAGGAGAGAGGCCAUAUCAUUGUGACAUCUGUGGUAAAUCUUUCUCUCAAAGGAGUCACUUGACGAUACAUAUACGUACACAUACGGGAGAGAAGCCAUAUCAUUGCGAUAUCUGUGGUAAAUCUUUUUCUCAAAGGAGUCACUUGACGAUACAUAUACGUACACAUACGGGAGAGAAGCCAUAUCAUUGCGAUAUCUGUGGCAAGUCAUUUUCUGACAUCAAUUACUCGACUAGGCACAGACGUAUUCACACAGGGGAAAAACCAUGAGUGUAAUAUCUGUGGUAAAUCAUUCUCUCAAAGUGGUCACUUGACUAGUCACAUGCGUGUUCAUACAGGAGAGAAACCACAUCAUUGCGAAAUCUGUGGUAAAUCAUUCUCCCGUAAUAGUAUCUUGAUUAGUCACAAUCAUAUUCAUACUGGGGAAAAACCAUAUCAGUGUGAUGUCUGUGGUAAAUGUUUCUCUCAAAAAGGACACUUAAAUACACACGUGAGUAUUCAUACACAAGCGUAACUGUAUCAAUAUCAAAAUUUAUUACAACAUGAGAACAAUUAUGAAUAUUUUGUCUGCUAAAAGACUAGAUUUAUUCCCCUUCAAGUUUGACCUCAUCAACUUUAAUUUCAUCAUUAGCAAUUUGAUGUUAAUGAACCCCAACUUCAAUAUCAUUUAUAUAUCUAAAUACAUCAACACAGAGAUGACUUUGGUUUCUGAAGAUGAUUGUGCUGGAUUUUUGAGGAAUUUGUUAUGAGAGAAUAAAGGAAUGGG